AAAUGUAAAGCCACGUGCCACCUCAAUAACACGUGCCAAUAAAAGCAUUUCCACAGUUCCUUCAUUCCUCCCCCAACGAAAACAAUUUGGGUAUUCUAGAAGAGAAAGAGAUGGAUGUGUCUGAGAUGGAAACCCUAAGUGGGUAUAUUCUAGAAGACAAAGAUAUCCCCAGCCUCUGCUCCCUCACAAGCUCCAACCAUUCCAGAGAAAUCAUCAACUUUCCCAAUAAAUCACAAGCCACCAACAACAUGUUCCGAUAAAAGCCCUUACUCAAUAACGAAAAGAUUGGUUGGAAAAUUACGUGCUAAACUGAAGAAUCAGACCUCAAAGAAAGUGUGAAACAUCCAAAAACUAGCCAAACACAGCAGGAUCUAGGAAGGAGUUGAUGUGUUGGUGCUUGGAGCUAUGUGUGGUGGAUGUACAAGCAUAUAGAACAAGCUUCAUAUCAAUGUUAUGUUUUUUUUUUUUUUCUUAUUCUUUUUCAAUUAUGGAACUCCAAGAAUUGUUCAAGAAUAUAAUGUGACAACUACUUGUAGAAUUAGAAACUUGGGCAAAUUGGUUAGAAUCCAACAUCAGUCCUCUAUGUCCCCAACACACAUCUGUGGUAUGUUUCACUUGCUAUUUUCUAUUAAGAAACAUCCCAAAUCCCCAAAUUAUGAAGAUGAUGAUAUUAUAGGGAGUUAUCAAGCUGUUAUAAACCCUUUUGAUGAAAAUCGUUCAGGGCUUUCACCUCUUCCUCCAGAACUAGUUGCUCUCAACUAUAGUUGUGAUGCAAAUCAUGAUAUCUCUCUUGCUAUAGUUACUAGACCCAGUUUUAAGGAAUUGAAAAGGGAAAGGAGCGACAUUAGCCAUGGCAGUUGAGCUUAACCAGCAACAGGAGGUAUAUUAGGGAGAUUGCACUUGUGAAACAUGCAGACUUUUACAAGUUUCACUCAUCUGUUUCUUUUGGGAUAUACAACACAGGAAGUGAAGUAGGAAAGAAGAGGAUUUAGCAAGAGAUUGGCCACCAUUUGCCCCAGUUGUUCAUAAUGAUAUUGCCAAUGAUAUGCUCAUUUAUUGACAAAAGUUGAUGUUUAUUGCCCUUCCAUCAUUCUUAGGAUUGGUUCUGUGCUUUUUCUAGAAUGACAUAACUGCUACUGCAGCAUGCAUCGAAGGGGAAAGAUGGAAGCAUCAUACUGGGGAAUUGGAUCUCGUCUUCCCAUCAUGGUGACAAUUCGCAACAUCUUACAAGAACUAAAGAUCAAACAUUACUGUUUUGAACAAAUACACAAUUGUCAAAAUAUCAAAAACAUGUUCAUAUCUGUUUAUGCCUUAUGGUGAACAAAAGGGAAAAACUCUUGAGAGGAAACAGAGAUUUGACCCUAAAGAUUUUGCUGAUUGUGUUUUCACUGGUUCUUACUGGGAUUACCUAAUAGAUGGAAUGAGAUUAUGUAUGCAUAUUUGUUGAGCAGUUGUAAAAAUCUUUGUGAUCUAUCUAAACCUCCU